UCUCUCUCUCUCUCUCUCUCUCUCUAGCCAAUUGCCACUUUGCACCUUUAUAUCUCUCUCGUUGAGAAGUCUCUUUCUCUCUCUAGGCCAAUAGCCACUUAACAAUCUCUCUCUCUCUCUCUCUAGCCAACACCCACUUGCAACUCGAUUGUCCAUUCAUCACCUGCUAAGUCACUCUAAUCCAAAGUUUUUAAAUCAAAAGUGUCCACCCUCUUCACAAACUCUAUCUCUAAUCCCCUAGCUACUUAACACCCCUACUCUUUCUCUCUCUAACUAAUACCCAUUGGAUAGAACUCUUUGUUGUCCAAUCAUCACCUACUGCGCCUCUCAACUCAUUGUUGCCUAUCUCCCUCUCUCUCUCUCUCUCUCUCUAAAUAUAUAUUGCUAUUCUAAAAUUGCUUGAUUGUUUCUUAGCACCACUCCAGUAACUCUCUCUCUCGCUCUCUAUGGCAUUUGGCCCUUUCUUGUGUUUUUGUAUAUGUGGUCGGGUUUUAGCGCUUGUUAUUUGGGGUGUUUUGAUUGUUGGUUGUAAGGCUAAUUUUUACUCUGAUUUUGAUAUUACUUGGGGAAAUGAUAGAGCUAAGAUAGUAAACAAUGGUGAGAUCCUCCAACUCUCAUUAGACAACUACUCUGGCUCUGGUUUUCAAUCCAAGAAUGAAUAUCUCUUUGGUAACAUCCACAUGAAAAUCAAGCUCGUACCAGGCAACUCUGCUGGCACUGUUACUGCCUACUAUUUAUCUUCACAAGGCCCAACCCAUGACGAAAUCGACUUCGAGUUCUUGGGAAAUUUGAGUGGAGAUCCUUAUAUCGUCCACACCAAUUUGUUCACUCAAGGGAAAGGAAACAGGGAGCAACAAUUCUACCUCUGGUUUGACCCCACCCAAGAGUUCCACACCUACUCCGUCCUUUGGAACCCAAUCCAAGUCAUGUUCUCGGUAGAUGGGACCCCAAUAAGAGUGUUCAAGAAUGCUGAAUCGAAGGGAGUCCCCUACCCAAAAAACCAAGCCAUGAGGCUUUACUCCAGCCUUUGGGAUGCAGAUAACUGGGCCACAAGGGGUGGCCUGGUCAAGACUGAUUGGUCUCAAGCCCCGUUCAUGGCUUCUUUCUCUAACUUUGAAGCCAAUGCCUGUGUUGUGUCUUCUUAUUCGACAACAAAAAGUCAGUGUGGUGAAGCUUCAAAUGGUUGGUUUAAUCAAGGCAUGGACUCAACUGCUGAAGAAAGGUUGAAAUGGGUUCAGAAGAAUUACAUGGUCUAUGACUACUGCAAAGAUACUAGGCGUUUCCCUCAAGGCUUUCCCUCUGAAUGCUCUCUCUUUCUUCCUAAAUCUCUCUAGAUGCUCCCUCUCUCUCUCUCUCUCUCUCAAACCUCUCUCUUUCUUCCUAAAUCUCUCUAGAUGCUCCCUCUCUCUUUCUCUCUCAAACCUCUCUUUCUUCUUAAAUCUCUCUAGCUGCUCCCUCUCUCUCUCAAACCUCUCUCUCGUGCUUCAAUCUUUUGUAAUGUCCAAUUCUCUCUCUCUUUACGAGCGUGUCCCUUUAUUUGCUUCCAUUCUUUUUUAAUUUGUGUCUCUCUUUCAUAUGUAGUACAUGAGCUACGGGUAUUUCAUAUGAAAAUAAGAAUUGGUUGGUAUCAUUAAUUUUUA